UUUUUUCCUUUCUUGUAGUCGAGCGCGAGCAGAAGUGCCCCAGCCCCAGCGCACACCCAACCUGUCGGCCUGAGGGGCAGCUGAAGCAGCCAGAGCAGAAUGUACCAGGGACACAUGCAGGCAGUAGGUGAAACCUUGAAGAAAAAGUGGCUCUGUCUUCAAAAAAGUGACCUGACCUUUGCUUUGGGCAAAGGCGCUAGGGCGGCCGAUAAGGCUGUGGCCAUGGUGAUGAAGGAGAUUCCGAGGGAGGAGUCUGCAGAAGAAAAGCCCCUCCUCACUGUGGCAUCACAGGGGUGCAGAAGCCAAAAGGAAGCAGAAUCAAGUGAAAAACUGGUGAAUGAGCAACAGGAAAGCAGACCCCUCCUGAGCCCCUCCAUUGAUGACUUUCUCUGUGAAACUAAACCAGAAGCUGUGGCAAGGCCUGUAACAUCAAACACUGCAGUAUUAUCAACAGGUCUGGAUCUCUUGGAUCUUAGUGAACCUGUCUUACAAACCCAAAACAAAGCAAAGAAAUCAGAGAAUCCAUCAAGAAGUGAAGGCUUAAAAGCUUCAACUCACAGAAAGAAGACAGACAAUCCUGACCUUAUCAGUGUGGAUUCUGAGCAGAAAGUCCAGGCUGCCAGAGUUGCAGACAAGUCUUCAUUAGAUUUUGUUGAUAUUCAUCAUCCAGAGAAAUGGGAUGAUGUCAGUUUUCAUGGAGACAGGAGUAGCAAGGUCCACCCUUCUGCAGAGCGAAUAUCAUCAUCAUCAUCUAGAGCUCCAUCAAAGGAGAUUUUAUGGUCCACAGAAAACAGAUCACAGUCUGAGCUGACUAAUGUCAAGAGUGCCUUGGACUCUGAUUCUACAUCAGAAUUAGAACUUGCACCUGCAAUACAGGCACGAUCAACUAGGGAGCAGCGUUGGGGAACACCUCUUCUCUCCAGAAAUCACUCCUUGGAAGAGGAAUUUGAAAGAGCAAAGGCAGCUGUUGAGUCAGACACGGAGUUUUGGGACAAAAUGCAGGCAGAAUGGGAAGAAAUGGCUCGCAGAAACUGGAUUUCAGACAACCAGGAAACUCCAGGGCAAGUCACCAUCUCAACCAUUGAGAAGGGUUAUUAUUUCCAUACUGACAAUCCCUUCAAAGAUUGGCCUGGUGCUUUUGAGGAAGGACUGAAAAAAAUGAAAGAAGGUGACCUUCCUGUUACAAUCUUAUACCUGGAGGCUGCUAUUCUACAAGAACCCAACGAUGCAGAGGCCUGGCAAUUCCUGGGUAUAACACAGGCAGAGAAUGAAAAUGAGCAGGCAGCAAUUGUCGCCCUCCAAAGGUGCUUGGAACUACAGCCAAACAAUCUAAAAGCUCUGAUGGCCCUGGCUGUAAGUUAUACCAAUACUGGCCAUCAACAGGAAGCCUAUCAAGCUCUGAGAAACUGGAUAAAGCAAAAUCCAAAAUACAAGUAUAUAGUGAGAAGCAAAAAAGGGUCGCCAGCGCUUAACAGGAGGAUGUCUAAGACAGCAGAUGAAAGCUCAUUACUCGAAGAAGUAAAGGACUUGUACCUGGAGGCUGCUCACCAGAAUGGUGAUAUGAUAGACCCUGACCUGCAAACAGGACUUGGAGUUCUUUUUCACCUGAAUGGAGAAUUUAACAGAGCAAUAGAUGCAUUUAGUGCUGCUUUAACUGUUCGACCAGAGGACUAUACGUUAUGGAACCGUCUUGGAGCGACCUUGGCAAAUGGGGAUCGCAGCGAAGAAGCUGUCGAGGCCUACACACGCGCUCUGGAAAUACAGCCUGGCUUCAUUAGGUCCAGAUACAAUUUAGGGAUAAGCUGCAUCAACCUAGGGGCAUACAGAGAGGCUGUCAGCAAUUUUCUCACUGCUCUCAGUUUGCAAAGAAAAAGCAGGAAUCAACAACAAGUUCCCCACCCUGCUCUAUCAGGCAAUAUUUGGGCUGCACUUCGGAUUGCUCUGUCUAUGAUGGACCAGCCAGAAUUAUUUCAAGCUGCCAACGUGGGUGAUCUAGACAUUCUCUUAAGAGCUUUUAAUCUAGAGCCGUAAUAAAAAGUAUCCACAAAUUGACUAAAUUGUAUUAGGAAACAGAACUUUUUUAUUACUCAUCCCAAAAUGACCACAUUUUCCAAUAGAUCAUGACUGUAGAUCAAUAGGGGAAUUAUUUCAGACAUUAUUCGAAAAGUUCAAAAGCACAAAAAUACUGUAAAUAAAUUCAAAUUCAAAUGAUUGAAAUGAGCUGUGGUAAUCUGACAAAGCCCUGAAUUAGAUGAAAUAGGAAUUUCUGAAGAAUCUUCAUCCCAUGCAAGCUAUAUCUUUCUAUAUAUACACAGCUUUACAAAAAAAUGUAUACUAAGAACAAACCUAGAUAAAUGGCUAUUGCACAUUAGAACGGCAAGCAGUGCAUCCAAGGAACCUGCUUAGUAGCUCGUUGCACUAUGCUGACCCCACUUUGCCCCACAAUGGGGAUUCCCUAUCCUUUGAUUUCUUUGAUGAAAAUUCUUCUCAAGGUCCGUUUUUAACACAGCUCUGAAAGUAGAUGCAUGUAAAAUGGAUGUGUUUUGUUUUGGACAUAUCUAUUAGCUGGCAACCAGUUUUUGCUUCCAAAGGUACCUCGAUUCAUUUGAGCCCAGUUCUGCAGGCUCAUAAACCAUGUCCAAUGUCAGGAGGAACAUUGUCCAUGGAGGUCUAUGGGGUGAGGUCGGGUACCAGUGGGGAGGCCGAGUGUUGCCAGCAGAAGGGGCAAUUUGCACUAGAAUUGUUACUGUUCAAACCAGCUGUCCUUGAUCUCGGACAGAGUCUGUCUGCUUCAAAGGAGCUCAUGGCAGGGUCUGCACCUAUCUGUGUACUUAUGCACUUUAAUCUUUCUUUUUGUAAAAUAGUGCUAUGCUUUCAUUUUAGUUACCAACAACAGAAUGUACAGGAUGGCCUUGUUGGUGUAGAGGACCAACUAUCAUUUCCUGAAAUGUAGUGAGAGGGUUUUCAAUAUUCUUAUGUUUAGAAAGAUGCAAAUACAGUAUAAACUGCAUUAACAACUAGAAAGAUUAUUCUAUUAUGCAUCCAUCAGGUACUAUACAUAUACAUGCAUGUGCAUGCACAUACAUGUUGUAUGCAAAUGAUGUCAUUUCAGAACAUAAAAAGCCACAGAUCUUUAUUGCAAAU